AUGGCGUUCCCGUUGAUUUGGAAGUCAUUUGCAGGAGUUAUAUAUACAGGUGAUAUCCUUGACCGAGAGACUACUCAGUCCUACUGGCUAACUGUGUAUGCAACAGACCGUGGAGUUGUUCCACUUUAUACCACUAUUGAGGUUUACAUUGAAGUUGAAGACGUAAAUGACAAUGCUCCCUUGACUUCUGAACCCAUUUAUUAUCCAUCUGUUUUGGAAAAUUCCCCCAAGGAUGUUUCAGUUAUUCAGAUACAGGCACAAGAUCCUGAUUCCAGCACUACUGAAAAGUUGACGUACAGGAUUACAAGUGGAAACCCCCAAAACUUUUUUGCCAUCAACACCAAAACCGGGCUCAUAACUACAACUUCAAGAAAGCUAGAUCGUGAACAGCAGGCAGAACAUUUUCUUGAGGUUACAGUAACAGAUGGAGGGGUCUCUCCCAAGCAGUCUACAGUAUGGCUCGUGGUCCAGGUUCUGGAUGAAAAUGAUAACAAGCCUCAGUUCCCAGAGAAAGUCUAUCAGAUCAAGUUGCCAGAGAGGGACCGAAAGAAGAGAGGGGAGCCCAUAUACCGAGCCUUUGCCUUUGACAAGGAUGAAGGCCCCAAUGCUGAGAUUUCCUAUAGCAUUGUGGAUGGAAAUGAAGAUGGCAAGUUCUUCAUUGACCCAAAGACUGGAAUGGUUUCUUCACGAAAGCAGUUCACUGCAGGGAGCUAUGAUAUCUUAACUAUCAAAGCAGUUGACAAUGGCCGGCCCCAGAAAUCUUCUACUGCACGCCUCCACAUUGAAUGGAUUAAGAAACCACCACCAUCACUCAUCCCUUUGACUUUUGAUGAACCCUUCUAUAACUUCACCAUCAUGGAAAGUGACCGAGUGACAGAAAUUGUUGGCGUGGUCUCUGUGCAACCUGCUAACAUCCCCUUGUGGUUUGACAUAGUUGGGGGGAAUUUCGAGAGCUCUUUCGAAGCUGACAAAGGUGUGGGGACUAUUGUCGUCGCAAAACCCUUGGAUGCAGAGCAGAGGUCGGUGUACAACAUGACAGUGGAAGUCACCGAUGGAACCAAUGUGGCCAGCACUCAGGUAUUAAUCAAAGUUUUGGACAAUAAUGAUAAUGGUCCAGAAUUUUCCCAUCCAAGCUAUGAUGUAAUGAUUUCUGAGGACAUCCUACCUGACACUGAGAUCCUUCAAGUAGAAGCUAUGGACAGAGAUGAGAAGCACAAGCUCAGCUACAUCAUUCACAGCAGCCUUGAUUCCAUCAGCAUUCGGAAAUUCAGGAUGGAUCCCAACACAGGAGUGCUGUAUACUGCUGAGCGCUUAGACCAUGAAGCUCAAGAUAAGCACAUCCUCAACGUAAUGGUUCGAGACCAGGAGUUCCCCUAUCGACGUAACUUGGCCAGGAUCAUUGUAAAUGUGGAGGAUACCAAUGAUCACAGUCCCUACUUCACCAGUCCUUUGUAUGAAGCCUCUGUGUUUGAAUCAGCUGCCAUUGGAUCUGCAGUUUUGCAGGUCACUGCCCUGGACAGAGAUAAAGGAGAGAAUGCAGAGUUGAUAUACACCAUAGAAGCAGGGAACACUGGAAACACAUUCAGGAUUGAACCAGUUCUAGGUAUCAUCACCGUGUUGAAAGAACCGGACCUGACCACCAUGAGCCAGUUCGUUCUAUCAGUUAAAGUAGCUGAUCAGGGUUCUCCCCCAUUGUCAGCUACCGCCAUUGUCCGCAUAUCUGUGACUAUGUCAGACAACUCCCGCCCAAAAUUCACACACAAGGAAUGGCAAGCUGAAAUAAAUGAAAAUGUUGAUUUUGGGACUUCAGUUAUCCAGGUCUCAGCAAUCAGUCAGUCUACAUUAGUCUAUGAGGUUAAAGAUGGCAACGUAGAUGGAGCCUUUGCGAUCAAUCCUUAUUCUGGAGUCAUCACUAGCCAAAAGCCUCUUGAUUAUGAACGCACUUCCUCUUACCAGCUCAUAGUGCAAGCCACGAACAUGGCAGGGAUGGCAUCAAAUGGCACGGUAAACAUCCAGAUAGUUGAUGAAAAUGACAACCCACCUGUUUUUCUUUCUUCUCAAUACUUGGGCAGCAUCAGUGAAGCUGCCCCUGUAAAUAGCAUAGUCCGGAGUGUAGGAAACACUCCACUGGUGAUACGAGCUACAGAUGCUGAUAGUAAUCAAAAUGCACUGCUUGUCUACCAAAUUGUUGAGUCAACUGCUAAGAAUUAUUUUACAGUAGACUCCAGUACAGGUGCAAUUAGAACGAUUGCUGAUUUGGAUCAUGAAACCAUCGCACAUUUCUACUUUCAUGUUCACGUUCGAGAUAGUGGCAGUCCGCAGCUUACUGCAGAAAGUCCUGUUGAAGUGACCAUUGAUGUAAUGGAUGUCAACGAUAAUCCUCCAGUGUUCAGUCAGGCAAUGUUUGAAACCAUCUUGCUUCUACCAACUUAUGUUGGAGUGGAGGUUCUUCAAGUCAAGGCUGUGGACCCAGAUUCAGAAGUCCCAUCUGAAAUGACUUACAGCCUGAUUGAAGGGAACACAGAGUAUUUUCUCAUUGAUUCAAUUUCUGGGGUGUUAACUAUAAAAAACAACAGCCUUUCCAGAGACCAUUACAUGCUGAUAGCGAAAGUAUCUGAUGGGAAAUUUUAUAGUAGUGCUAUAGUGACAAUAAUGGUCAAGGAAGCCAUGGAUAGCGGUCUUCACUUCACUCAAAGCCAUUAUUCUACAUCUAUCUUGGAGAACAGCACCAAUGUCACAAAGGUAGCAGUGGUCAAUGCAAUCGGAAACCGUCUUAAUGAGCCCUUGAAGUACAGCAUAUUAAAUCCAGGGAACAAAUUCAAGAUCAAACCCACCUUAGGUCUUAUUCAAACUGUAGGCCUCCCGUUUGACAGAGAAGAACAGGAAUUAUAUGAACUGGUGGUAGAGGCUAGUCGUGAGCUGGAUCAUCUGCGAGUGGCCAGAGUGGUUGUCCGAGUUCUCAUUGAAGACAUCAAUGAUAAUGCUCCGGUGUUUGUUGGACUUCCUUACUACGCUGCUGUUCAAGUUGAGGCUGAUCCUGGCACUCUGAUAUACCGAGUGAGGGCCAUUGAUAAAGAUAAGGGUGCAAAUGGUGAUGUAGCUUACCUACUGAAGGAGGACUAUGGACACUUUGAAAUUGACAGCCACACUGGGAGCAUCACAUUGAAAGCACCCUUUAAUUCUGACUUAUCUAAUAUAGAAUAUUUAAUUAUUGUCAUUGCAAAAGAUGGAGGCAACCCAUCACUGUCUGCAUCUGUGGAAUUGCCUAUUACAAUAGUUAACAAAGCCAUGCCCAUCUUUGACAAGCCCUUCUACACAGCCUCUGUAAAUGAAGACAUAGAAAUGAACACCCCGAUUCUGAGCAUCAAUGCUACCAGCCCAGAAGGUCAGGGCAUCAUUUACAUAAUUGUGGAUGGUGAUCCCUAUAAUCAGUUCAACAUUGACUUUGACACAGGAGUCCUCAGUGUCAUCAGUCCAUUAGACUAUGAAAUCAAUCCCAUUUUCAAGCUGAUGGUGAGAGCCAGUGAUGCUCUUACUGGUGCCCGAGCUGAAGUCACAGUGGACUUAAUUAUCAAAGAUGUCAAUGACAAUGCUCCAGUUUUUGAUCACUUUGCUUACAAUGCCACCUUAUCUGAAGCCUCUCUGAUUGGGACCCCUGUCUUGCAGGUCAUUGCGACAGAUGCGGAUUCUGACAAUAACAAAAUCAUUCAGUACCAGAUAGUCCAGGACACUUUCAAUAGCACAGAUUAUUUUCAUAUUGAUGGUACAAGCGGCCUGAUCCUAACAGCCCGCUUGCUGGACCAUGAACUGAUGCAGCAAUGCGGCUUAAAAGUAAGGGCCACUGAUAAUGGAUUCCCACCUCUAAGCAGUGAAGUUCUAGUUAACAUCUACGUGACAGAUAUGAAUGACAACCCUCCCAUUUUUAAUCAGUUGAUAUAUGAAUCGUACGUCAGUGAGUUAGCUCCUCGAGGUCAUUUUGUGACUUGUGUCCAGGCUUCUGAUGCAGACAGCUCCGAUUUUGACCGAUUGGAGUACAGUAUCUUGUCUGGAAAUGACCGUACCAGUUUUGUAAUGGAUACCAAAAGUGGCAUCAUCACACUGUCAAAUCAUCGGAAGCAGAGAAUGGAGUCAAUGUACAGCUUGAAUGUUUCUGUUUCUGAUGGUUUGUUUACCAGCACUGCUCAGGUCCAUAUCCAGAUUCUGGGAGCUAAUUUGUAUAGCCCUGUGUUCACUCAAAGCAUUUAUGUGGCAGAAGUUAGAGAAAACGCUGUCCCAGGAACCAGACUUAUCCAUGUCAAAGCAACAGAUGGAGAUUCGGGCAUAUAUGGGCAAAUCAGUUACUCAAUCAUAAAUGAUUUUGCCAAAGACAGAUUUAUAAUUGACAGCAAAGGGCAGAUCAUCACUACUGAGAAACUUGAUAGGGAACUCCCUUUAGAAGGUGAUAUCACUAUAUUUUUAAGAGCUCUUGAUGGCGGAGGGAGGAGCACAUUCUGCACUGUCCGAGUCAUAGUAGUGGAUGAGAAUGACAAUGCCCCACAGUUUAUGACUGCGGAAUAUAGAGCAAGUGUCAAAGCAGAUGUUGGGAAAGGUCAUUUAGUCACCCAGGUCCAAGCAUUUGAUCCUGAUGAUGGCGCGAAUGCCAGGAUUGUCUAUUCCCUGUAUAGUGAAGCCUCAGUUUCUGUUGCGGAUCUCCUGGAAAUUGACCCAGACAAUGGAUGGAUGGUAACCAAGGGGAAUUUUAACCAGUUGAAAAAUACAGUGCUAUCCUUUUUUGUCAAAGCUGUGGAUGGUGGCAUUCCUGUAAGGCAUUCCCUUAUCCCUGUAUAUAUCCAUGUUUUACCUCCAGAAACCAUCUUGCCUUCGUUUUCUCAACCCCAAUAUUCCUUUGCAGUGUCAGAAGAUGCACUAAUAGGGAGUACAAUUGAUGCUCUGCAUGUUUUACCUAAUCAGGGAGUCAUCUAUAGCACAGUUAACGGUGAAUUGACAGGAAACAACAAGGAUGGAGUUUUCAUUAUAGAGCAAGACACUGGCAUUAUAAAACUGGACAAGAGGCUUGACCAUGAGACAAAUCCAGCCUUUCAUUUUAAAGUGGCUGCAACCCUACAGCUGGAUAAGGUGGAUAUUGUGUUAACGGUGGAUGUGGACAUUAAAGUUAUAGACAUUAAUGACAACAAGCCUAUUUUUGAGGCAGCCAAGUAUGAAGCUAUCAUAAUGGAGGGAAUGCCAAUAGGAACUAAACUUGUUCAAGUUAAAGCAACUGAUGCAGAUUCUGGGGCCAACGGUCAAGUCACAUAUUCUCUCUUAACAGAAUUGGAUGUUGACAGGAUCUCUGAGGUGUUCACUAUUGACAGCAACAGUGGCUGGAUCAGCACCUUGAAAGAUUUAGACCAUGAGAAGGAUCCCACUUUUGCCUUCACUGUGGUUUCCUCUGACCUGGGAGAAGCCCUGUCCCUCUCAGCAACCACCUUAAUCUCUGUCACUGUCACAGACAUCAACGAUAAUGCUCCCAUAUUCCAGCAUGAGAUGUACAGGGGGUCCGUGAAAGAAAGUGACCCACCGGGAGAAGUUGUGGCUGUCCUUAGCACUUGGGAUGAAGAUACCUCUGACAUUAACCGCCAAAUUAGCUACCAUAUUACAGGAGGAAACCCAAAAGGGAAGUUUGCCCUUGGCCUGGUUCAGAAUGAAUGGAAGGUAUAUGUCAAGAGACCUCUAGAUCGAGAAGAACAGGAUGUCUACCUGCUGAACAUUACAGCCACUGAUGGGCUGUUUGUAACACAGAGUGCAGUGGAAGUGAUCGUCACAGAUGUCAAUGACAACAGCCCUGUUUGUGAUCAGGUUACAUAUAUGGCAAUAUUUCCUGAGGACAUUCCUCCAAAUAAAAUCAUCCUUAAAAUGGGCGCACAAGAUGUAGACAUUGGAUCCAAUGGUGAAAUUCGCUAUUCUUUAUAUGGUUCUGGAAACAGCAAGUUUCUUCUGGACCCCGAAAAUGGGGAGCUCAAAACCUUAGCUCCACUAGACCGUGAAAAGAUCCCUGUCUACAAUCUGAUUGCCAGGGCAACUGAUGGGGGAGGGAAGUUCUGUCAAUCAGAAAUCCAUCUGAUGUUGGAAGAUGUCAAUGAUAAUCCUCCAGUGUUUUCCUCUGACCACUACACUGCUUGUGUGUAUGAGAACACUGCCACUAAAGCUUUGCUGACAAGAGUUCAAGCCAAUGAUCCUGAUGUAGGGGUGAAUAGAAAGAUUGUAUAUUCCCUGGCAGACUCUUCAGAAGGCUUCUUCUCCGUCGACAAGUCCUCAGGCAUCAUCAUUUUGGAACAUCCUCUGGACCGAGAACUUCAGUCUUCCUAUAAUGUCACCAUUAAAGCUUCUGACCAGAGCAUUGUACAGACCCUGUCAUCAUUUGCCACCGUUACCAUUACAGUUCUGGACAUUAAUGACAACCCCCCUGUCUUUGAGAGGAGAGAUUAUCUGGUUGCGGUGCCUGAGGACACCUCACCAAAUGCCAAGAUUCUUUUUGUUUUUGCGACCAGCAAAGAUAUUGGUACAAAUGCAGAGAUCACCUACUUCAUCAGAUCUGGUAAUGAAAAAGGGAAAUUCCAGAUCGAUUCUAAAACAGGGUCCAUAUCUGUAAUUGAAACUUUGGACUAUGAAACGUGUAAGGAUUUCUUCCUUGUCAUUGAAGCUAAAGAUGGGGGCAGCCCCGCUCUGAGUGCUGUGACCACAGUGAAUAUAAAUGUGACAGAUGUUAAUGAUAACGCACCCAGAUUUAGCCAAGAAGUCUAUAGUGCAGUCAUCAGCGAAGACUCAUCCAUUGGUGAUUCAUUAAUAAUGUUGAUAGCUGAAGAUGUGGACAGUCCUCCCAAUGGACAGGUUUCUUUCUCCAUUAUCAGUGGAGAUCAGAAUAAUGAAUUUUCAAUCGAUCCUGGCUUGGGGCUGAUUAAAGUUAAAAAGAGAUUGGACCGAGAACGGGUUUCAGGAUAUUCAUUAGUUGUACAGGCCCAAGACAGUGGUAGUCCUCCUUUGUCAACCACAGUGACGGUCAACGUUGACAUUUCUGACGUGAACGAUAACAGUCCUGUCUUUACGCCUGCCAAUUAUACAGCUGUGAUUCAAGAAAACAAACCAGUGGGAACCAGUAUUCUGCAACUGGUGGUAACUGAUAAAGACUCCCUGCACAAUGGCCCCCCUUUCACCUUCUCCAUCGUGGCUGGAAAUGAAGAGAAAGAAUUCAUGCUUGACCAGCAAGGCAUCUUGCGAUCCUCUGUCAUCUUCAAACGCAUGGUAGCCACUGAAUAUGUGCUCUGCGUUCAGGCAAAGGAUUCAGGAAAGCCUCAGCAGGUUUCCCAUACCUACAUUCAGAUCCGGGUGAUUGAAGAAAGCAUUCACAAGCCAACAGCCAUUCCCCUGGAGAUUUUCAUCGUUACUAUGGAAGAUGACUUUCCAGGAGGUGUUAUUGGAAAGAUACAUGCAACAGACCAAGAUGUAUAUGAUGUCCUUACCUAUGGCCUGAAGUCAGAACAGAAAAGUUUGUUCAAGGUUAACAACCAUGAUGGAAAGAUCAUUGCCCUUGGAGGUUUGGACAGUGGGAAGUAUGUCCUGAAUGUGUCAGUCAGUGAUGGGCGGUUCCAGGUACCCAUGGAUGUGACAGUCCAUGUUGAGCAGUUAGCGCAGGAGAUGUUGCAGAAUACAGUCACCAUCCGCUUUGAGAAUGUCUCCCCAGAGGAUUUUGUGGGACUUCACAUGCAUGGAUUCAGGCGCACUCUGCGCAACGCUGUCCUCACCCAAAAGCAAGAUAGCUUACACAUCAUCAGUAUUCAGCCUGUGGCAGGUAGUAAUCAACUUGACAUGCUAUUUGCGGUUCAGAUGCACACUGGUGGCUUCUAUAAGCCAGCUUACUUGAUUCAGAAGCUCACCAAUGCAAGGCGACACUUGGAAAAUGUGAUUCGCAUCGCUGCUAUCCUUGAGAAGAAUUGCUCUGGACUGGAUUGUCAGGAGCAGCACUGUGAGCAAAAUCUGUCUAUUGAUUCCCAUUCCCUGAUGACUUACAGCACGGCCCGGAUUAGUUUUGUGUCUCCCCGAUUCUACCGAAACGUACGCUGUUCUUGCAAUGGAGGAUUGUGCCCAGGCUCUAAUGAUCCUUGCACAGAAAAGCCUUGUCCAGGAGACAUGCAGUGCGUAGGCUACGAAAUCAACCAGAGACUGUUCAUCUGUCAGUGUCCACCUGGAAAACUUGGAGAAUGCUCAGGACACACUUCCCUUAGCUUUGCUGGGAAUAGUUACAUCAAAUACCGGGUUUCUGAAAAUAGCAAGAACGAAGAAUUCAGAUUGGCUCUCCGUCUGCGGACUCUGCAAAGCAACGGAAUUAUAAUGUACACCAGAGCAAAUCCCUGUAUAAUUCUGAAGAUUGUGGAUGGUAAACUGUGGUUCCAGUUGGACUGUGGCACUGGCCCGGGCAUCCUGGGAAUUUCAGGCAGGACGGUUAAUGAUGGGAGUUGGCAUUCCGUCUUCCUUGAGUUGAACCGGAAUUUCACCAGCCUCUCUCUUGACGACAGCUACGUGGAGAGGCGCAAAGCCCCCCUUUAUUUCCAGACACUCAGCACUGAUAGCUCAGUUUAUUUUGGAGCCCAGGUACAGGUGGAUAAUGUCCGAAGCUUAACAGACAAGAGGUCCACCCAGGUCUUGAGCGGCUUUCAAGGCUGUUUGGACUCCAUCAUCCUCAAUAACAACGAGUUGCCCCUCCAGAACAAACGCAGCAGCUUUGCAGAAGUGGUGGGACUAACAGAACUGAAGCUUGGUUGUGUGCUGUACCCUGAUGCCUGUGAACGCAAUCCUUGUCAGAACGGAGGAACUUGUAUCAGUGUGCCAUCUGGUGGUUACCAGUGCAGCUGCCUUUCUCAGUUCACUGGGCGAAACUGUGAAUCAGAGAUCACAGCCUGCUUUCCAAAUCCUUGCCACAAUGGAGGAUCCUGUGACCCCAUCGGCAGUGCCUUCAUCUGCACCUGUAAGAGUGGAUUAACUGGAGUGACGUGUGAUGAAGAUAUCAAUGAAUGUGAAAGAGAGGAAUGUGAAAAUGGGGGCUCUUGUGUCAAUGUAUUUGGCUCAUUUCUGUGUAACUGCACUCCUGGAUAUGUGGGCCAGCACUGCGGGCUAAGACCAGUAGUUGUUCCUAAUAUCCAAGCUGGCCAUUCUUAUGUGGGCAAAGAAGAAUUGAUAGGCAUCGCUGUUGUUCUUUUCAUCAUCUUUUUGUUAAUAGUCCUCUUCAUCGUCUUCCGCAAGAAAGUUUUCCGGAAGAAUUAUUCUCGGAACAACAUCACUUUAGUCCAAGAUCCAGCUACUGCCGCUCUGCUUCACAAAAGCAAUGGCAUUCAGUUCAAAAACAUGAGGACCAGUGGGGACAGCCGCAAUAUCUAUCAAGAAGUAGGACCUCCUCAGGUCCCAGUGAGGCCAAUGGCCUACACCCCUUGCUUCCAGAGUGAGUCUAGGAACAAUUUGGACAAGAUAGUUGAUGGACAUGGAGUGGAACAUCAAGAGAUGACAACCUUCCAUCCUGAAUCUCCCCGGAUCCUAACAGCAAGGCGGGGUGUUGUAGUGUGCAGUGUGGCUCCCAACUUGCCAGCUGUAUCUCCAUGCCGUUCUGAUUGUGACUCCAUCAGGAAGACCUGGGAAAAUGGCACUGAAAGCAAAGGAAUUGAUGAUAUGGAAGAGGUGACCUGUUUGUCAGGAAGCAAUAAAGGCAGCAAUUCUGAAGUUCAGUCUCUCAGCUCUUACCAGUCAGAUUCGGGUGAUGAUAAUGCUUCCAUUGUGACUGUCAUACAACUUGUCAACAAUGUAGUUGACACAAUAGAAAAUGAAGUCUCUGGUAUGGAUGAAGGACAGAACUACAACAGAGCUUAUCAUUGGGACACUUCUGACUGGAUGCCAAGUGCGCGUUUAUCUGACAUUGAGGAGGUACCCCAUUAUGAGACAGCAGAUGGCGACUCAACCCAUCACGGGAGCACAAGGGAGCUUGAGACAGACUACUACCUUGGUGGCUAUGAUAUCGACAGUGACUACCCUCCCCCGCAGGAGGAGGAGUUUUUAAACCAAGACCAACUGCCCCCUCCCCUCCCAGAGGAUUACCCAGACCAGUAUGAAGCCCUCCCGCCAUCGCAGCCAAUCUCCAUGGCCAGCACAUUGAGCCCAGAUUGUCGAAGGCGGCCACAGUUUCACCCAAGCCAAUACCUCCCUCCUCAUCAAUUCCCCAAUGAGAUGGACAGUGGUGGGUCUCAGACUGGGAAUGAAUUUAGUACUUUUGGUGUUGGCCCAGGACCAAAUACGGAAAACAACGUGGCCAAGAAACCCUUAUCUUUACACAAUUCUCUGGAUGCAUCCUCCUCUGAUGUUUCAGUGGGCUGUGGUUUUGAUGACUCUGAGGUUGCCAUGAGUGACUAUGAAAGCAUUGAGGAGUUCUCUCUGGAACACCAUCAGGUUCACAUUCCUUUUGUGGAGACCCAUCAGCAGACUCAAGUGUGAAGGAGCUGUUUUCAUGGACUUUGUUGCUGUUGUUUGGUCCCAAUUCAUAGCAUAACUAACUGUUCUCUUUUGCUUAAAAAAAAUAGAGUUCUGUAUACGGUGCAGGGUGGAAAUCUAACUGAACCCAUUUUAAGCCUAUCAAAAAGUUUGAUGUUGUGCAUGCACAUUACAGAAAGGAAACUAACUAUAGGUUGUCUCAGAAAAUCAGUACCCAAGGUCAUCCAUUCGUCUUUGGAGUUGGCAUUUGCUGUUUCUUGCCAAAAGACAGAUUUCCUGGGGAAAAAUAGUUUGAUGACAGACCGACCCUUCCACUUCCCAGCAUUGCUUGAGUGUUUUAAACCCUAGGCCAGUUAAUCAGUAAAGGAAGAGAUAGGUGGUAAAUUCGUUCUCCCCCCGCCCCCAAAACCCCUUUCUAAAUCAGUCCAUUCAGAAUUGCUGGUCCAUUAAAUGAAGUACUUCUACAUUGCCCCAUAUGCUGUCUGACUACAGUGAAUGUGCUCAUAAAUACAUUAUAAACCAAUCUUCCUCAGCUUGAUACUCUCCUGGAGUAUUAAGCUACAAUUCCCAUAAUUGCUAAUCUGCAUGCUCGUUGGUCAUUUAGUCUACAAAUUAUGGGAGUUGUAAUCUACCAAGAGGACAUCCAAUUAGGGAUGGUCGUAACUCAUGGCUGCAGCUCUAACUCUAAAACAACAGGGAAUUGAGAGUUAUUGGCCAUCUUUAUAAGCCAAAUUUCAGGUGUCGAGAUGGUCCCCUUAGUCCAGUGUUGUCCAAACUUGGCCACUUU